UCGCAGCGGGAAUAUGUCUGCGGGCACUUCGUCUGGCUCGCUUCGAAACACUGCGAGGCGUACAAGACGAUCAAGACGAGGCGCACAAAGUGUGAGCCAAAUGUAACGGCGUUCGAAGAAAGGCAAGUAAGCAUGUGCGGCGAAUGCCGGCCAGCACAGCACCAUCCGUGGACGGCGGAGUUCAUGAGACAGCUCUCGGUCUAG